AUGUCAUUCACCGACAAGAUCAAGGCCGCAAUCAAGGGCGACGUUAAGGAGGGCGCCAAGCUCGAGACGGGUAUCAAGCUCAAGGAGAACAACCCCGAAAACGCCGAUGUCUCGCUCGACAAUCUCACGGGCAAGACGAUCAUCGUCGGUGUCCCCGGUGCCUUCACCCCGCCUUGUUCGUCGCAGGUUCCGGGCUACCUUUCGCACGCGGGCGAGUUUGCGCAGAAGGGCGUGCAGGCGAUCUACAUUGUGGCUGUCAACGACCAGUUCACCGUGGCCGCAUGGAAGGAGAAGCUCAACGGCGCCUCGGCGGCCAACGUCCACUUCCUCGCCGACGACACGGGUGCGUUCACCAAGGCGGUGGGACAGAGCUUUGAUGCUACGGGACUGCUGGGUGGACACCGAUCCAAGAGGUACGCGUUUGUCGUCGAGGGCGGUGUGGUCCGCAAGGCUUUCGUCGAGGACAAUGCGCCUGAUGUCACCGUCACUGCCGCUGAGAACGUGCUCAAGGCCAUCUAA